UAAUAUUUUUCUAUUCGUCAUACACUAAAAAUCAUAAAAUUCAAUGUAUUUACAUUUUAUACAAUGGUUCGCGAUGAUGCACAAGUGAUAAAGUAUUAUCGGUUAUGGCUUUUCCUACUUGAUCCAUCCACAGUUGAGCAAAACAACCAUCAGACGAGCGGUCUUUUAAUAUAACUCAAUAUUUUGACGACUAGCUUCACACGUCAUGAUUUAUUCAUCAAGGGUCAACACCACGAGGUCGUGCAUAAGAAAAGUUGAAGUGAAGCAAAAAUAAAACUAUCAUCACCACUUGCCUGUUAGUUUCCGGUUUAGGAGCAAGACAAAAUGAAGUCACGUAAAGAUGUAUCAUCGCCAUCAAAAAAGCUGCUGAUACAACAGGAAAGGCCAUUGGAUCCCUACGAUAAGCUCAAAUAUCAGAUAUCAGAUAAGUUGUUUCGAGGUGAGAGACUUUCAGGAAUUCUAAACAACUUGGAGUCACUUGAAUGUAGUGUCGUACCUGAGACACCCAUUGAAAGUUGUUCCUCUUGGUCGACGGAUGCAUCUAGGCAGGAUGAAGCUGUUGCCUCGACUGUAAUUAGAUCCGACGGAUUUUGCAAGGAAACGUGCAAAAGGAAGGAACUCUAUUACACGAUUAAAGCUAAAGUUGAAAGAGCUAUCCAAGAGCAUAAAGUAUUUUUAAUUCGUGGAGAUCUACCGAAGCUCGAGGAAGCUCUUGAAAAAAGGGGAUGGGUUCAAAAGUACGAGUCAGUCAAAAUGCGCAUGCUACCUUACCAGAGUACAUCAGUUCUUGAAUCCCAGUCUUUUGGAAGCAUCGACCAAAAUGAUAGAACGUUGAAUGAGAAAGCACUUAUUUUUUCUUUUUUACAAUACACCCCUCCUGAUUUUAUUUGGGACUGCCGUAAUGACUUUGUCCAAUGGGAUACCUCAUUGGGAAAUAAUGUUCUUUUAAACAGAUUUGAGCGAUCCUCUGUAUACACUUCAAAGCUUGGGAUGGCUUAUAUUCUUCAAAAUUCUCAUUGGCUUCAUGGAGAUAAUGUGUCUACGAUUAAGUACCCACGAAGUUACAAUCCAAGUCGAGAAGCUAAAGUCUUUCUUGGAGAGUUUCGUCGUACUGCUGCAAUAGGAUUACUGAAGUGGUUUGUUUCACGAAUUCAAAAUGAUCAAGAAAUUCUAGAUUCCAGGGAAGAGUCGAUUUCUAUUAGUCAAGUAGAAUUUGCUAUUGAGCAAUGUGAGGAAUUUUUAGCAGAAGAGAAAUACGGAAAUAUAGAUGGAGUUGAUAACUCUGUAAUUUCAGAAGAAAAAAAUGAAGAAUGGAAUCUUUUCUUAGAAGAUUACUCGAAAGUGGUACACAAAGGAAAUAGAAUUGCAAAUUCCGGGGAUGAUAUCUACAUGAGAUUAGAGAAAUCCUAUUUAUCAGCCAAUGUGAUAUUAAAGAAAUUGAAAGAAAUCGAUCCUGAAUAUGAGCUUAGUGGAAUGAGAAAUAUUUGGAUUUUGAAGCCUAGUGAUCUUUGCUGUGGAACGGGCAUCAGCAUAUCUCAUAGCGUCAAAGACAUAUUCCGCCGGGUGAAGGCCAAACCCAAGGAUUAUUUCAUCGUGCAGAAAUAUAUCGAAAGUCCUUUGUUGGUGCAUGGAACAAAGUUUGACAUACGUCUAUGGUAUCUCGUCACGUGUACUUUUCCUUUGAUCAUCUGGAUAUUUGAAGAACCGCUGUUGAGAUUUAGUUCGAAAACUUUUUGUUUUGCAACAUAUCACGAAGCAAUUCAUCUUUGCAACACUGCGAUUCAGCAAAAAUAUGAUUAUGAAAAACGUCGGAAACGAAUGCGUGGCAAUCUUGGUGAUGAAACGACGGAUUCAAUUCGUGAUCAAGAAUGGAACUGUGCUAGAUUGAACGAAUAUUUAAAAACACAAGGAUAUGAAGGAGAGCCUUUUUAUGAUCUCAUUUAUCCAAAAAUGUCCGAAGCAAUCGUGCUUUUGAUGUUGGCAGCUCAAGACUAUUUAGACCGAAGAGCUCGUAGUUUUGAACUAUACGGAGCGGAUUUUAUGGUUCUUGAAGACUUGACGGUUUGGUUGAUUGAAAUAAAUACAAAUCCACGCAUGAAUCCACCAAGUUCAAAGAUCACUCAACGGUUGUAUAGCUCUGUACUUGAAAGUUUGAUCAAAGUGAUUCUAGAUAGGCCAAUAAAUCCAGACGCUGACACUGGAGGAUUUAAGCUUGCUUUCAAACAAAACAUUCCAGAGUUUUAUCCUAACUGUGGACCGGAUCUUUUUGCACUUGAUAAAUCAAAAUUAUUGUAUGAAAAGCUAAGAAAGAAAAAUGAUGAAAACGAUAAGGUAAAUAUUUGUGCUCCUCAAUGACAGGAAAGUUCUCGUACUUGGACAACACCUUCAGUUUUUCAAGAAAAAGAUUUGAAAGUAGAAAAUUUACCAACUGCUUGAAAGAUUCUUAAUUCAAAGUUGAACUGUUAUUUUCAACUUUCAAACAUUUUAA